UGUUAAUGAUUAAUUCAAUUUUUUUAUUUUUAAAUUUGUUUUCAAUACCGACAAAUGCUGAGCUAAAAAUUGAAUUUUUAAAUGUAGUUUUUCGACAUGGAGAUCGAGCACCAGGUAAUCACACAUACCCAAAUGAUCCAUAUAAAAUUUUUAAUUAUAAAUUGAAAAGACACGGAGAGCUAACAAACGCUGGUAAAAGACGUAUGUAUCUUCUCGGUGGUGAGUUACGUAAAUUGUAUGGUGAUUUUAUUGGUGAAGAUUACAGUUCAACAAUUGUCAAUGCUCGAAGUACUGAUGGAGACAGAUAUAAAAUGUCAUGUGAACUUGUCAUGGCAUCAUUAUUCCAACCGAAGAAUGAUCAAAUCUGGAAUGAAAAAUUAAAUUGGCAGCCGACAAUUGUCAAUGUUGUUCCAAGUUAUUUGGAUAUACUUAUGUUUCCACAAGAAUGUCCACAAUACCUGAAAGAAUUUUCAAAAGUCCAGGAGUUACCAGAAAUAAAAUUAAAAGUCAGUAAAUUUGAUGACUUUAUGAAAAAUUUAACUAAAUGGACGGGACAUAAAAUAAACUCAGCAGCUGAUAUGUAUCAUUUGUAUCAUACAUUAUCACUGGAAAAUGCAUUAAAUUUAACUCUACCAGACUGGACAAAAGGUGUAUUUCCAGAUGGAUUAUUAUUGAAUGGAACAGUUUUGGAAUAUGAAAUAGCAUCAUAUGGUACCACUCUCAAAAGACUCAAUGGAGGUGUGCUGUUGAGAAAUUUUACAGAAAGUAUGCUAGAUGUUAUUAACAGUAAAACAAACAAUGUUAAAAAGCUUAAUUUAUACAGUGGUGAUCAGAAAAAUGUAGCAACACUUCUCAAUACUUUGGGUGUUUUUACUCCUCAUGUUCCUCAAUUUUCAAGUGCUGUUAUUUUGGAAUUACUGAGUGAUUGCGGAGAAUACUACGUCAAGGUUCGUUAUUACAAAGGAAUUCCAGAAGAAACAAUAACUUUAAAAAUACCUGGAUGCGAUGAAUUAUGUCCUUUUGAAAAUUUUACAAAAUUAAUGGAACCAGUUAUUCCGAGUGAUGAUGAAUUAUACUGCCCAAAAUUGCCAAUAAAUGCAGAGCCAAAAAUUGAAUAUAUAAGUGUUUUGUUUCGACACGGAGAACGUGCACCAGAUUAUAAUGAAUAUGCAAAUGAUCCAUACAGAUAUGCUACUUUUUCACCAGAAGGAAAUGGUGAAUUAACAAAUGUACGUAUUGAAAAAAAUUAUAUGUAA